AUGGCUUCUAAAACCACCACCAUUGGCUCCUCGGCUUGGGUCUCUGCGGAAAAGGAAAAUGCAUUACAACUGCUACAGACCGAGAAGGAAGAGCUCGUGUUUCCGGCGCAGCAUCAAUUAGAAUGGCUGAACGAACACGUCUCCGAGAUCUUCAAAGGCCGUCAAGUUGAUGUCGUCAACGUCUUCAAAACGCCAGGCAAGCUGAAAGGCAAGACUCCUCAUACUACAAGGAAGAGGAACGUUCCAGACGCGCGUAUUCCACUGAGUGACGUCUUCUCCUCGAAGCCUAUCCCCCGACCGAGUCCGCCCAAGAACCCGUCGCAUGAUAGACCACAUUUCGAAAUCGCGACAGACCCUGCUCAGGCUGCUGCGGGAAGGUCACAGACAGACUCUGGCUAUCAUGGCUCUAGCCAGGAAAAUACAGAAUUGGAUACAAAACGACAUACACCUCCGCUGGUAGGAGAAUACGAUGUCGAGCACCUUGAAGGCCCAGAUAGGCUCAUGGAAGUCCAGCCGGAAGAUGCCUCAAAUGCAGAGCACAGGACGACUGAAGGUUCUUUCCACUCCGCGAAAGAAGACCAAACCGUUAAAAUGACGGCCCCCGUGGCCGCGAAGCCAGGUGACAGCUUGAAAGAUCCUGGCAUGCAGGUAGACGGCAGUGGCCUUGAGAUGCCUCACCAGCAGCAACAGGCGGAUACUGACCACGACUUUGAUGAAUUGGGAUCGCCAUCGGACGAAUCAACACCUGAUAGGCCUUUAGUAAGGAAAAGCAGCUUGACCUUCGCUGCACUGCCCGCUCGAGAGCCUAUGAAGACCAGUAUUGGUGCUAGAGUAUCACGGACAAGUCACGUCGAUACAACCCGCCAGAUUCAACCUAAUGCUUCGCGGCCACUUGCACCAUCACAUCGUACACAGCAUGGAAAUCCCGACCAUCACAUUAACGAUGUGGAAAUGAGAGAUGCUGAUGAUCAUGACGAGAAUUUCGAGGUCCUGGGUCAGGACGACUCAGAGGAGGACACUCAAACGGCCAAAAACUAUUCAAAAUCGUCAACACAAAGACUGCAUGAAAAGAUCGAUAUGCUAGGCAAGGCUCCUGCUCCUCGACCGUCAAAGUCAAUUCCCUCCGCCUCAUCUCUGGCCGCCAUGAGACAGCAUGACGCUGUCGUACCUGAAGAAGAACCAACCACUGACGAUCGCCGCCCCAAUGACGACGACGACGACGACGAUUGGAUCAAACCAUUGACUUCGCCUGAUGCUGCCGGCUCGUCUGCCGCCAUAAGCAGAAGAAACGAUCAUGUGUAUGGAUCUGAUGAGGAGGAGGAUGAGGAUGAUGAUGAUGAUGAUGGAGAGGAAGAGGAGUUUUACAUGCGUGCUCCAGAAUUAGUCGCACACGAAGAGAGAAUGAAAACACCUGUGCGGGCGUCUCCUGGGCCGGGUAGGAUUAUGCCGGGUUAUGGUCAUACAAAAUCUGCGUCGACAGCAACCCUCGCUUCACCAGCUAAGGCAGCCAUGGCUCCCCCAGUAAGUCCAGCCAAGUCGAUAUCUGUGUCCAAUCCAGCACGGGCUACGACCACACCACUCGGCUCACCUAAACGGUACCUUGACCUGAGUGCGUCAAAAUCCAAGCUACAGUCUAUCAUGAAAACCGCGAAAGGUCUCUUCACCACCAGUGCAAGCAUCUCUGCGGCUGCGAAACUCGAAACUCUGUCUCCCGACGCGCUGAAGGUGGCAGCGAAUGCGAUGCCUGGAAUGUACCCAAAUCUCAAUGGCUUAGUGGAGGAGAAGCCAUUACCACCAAGUCCAGCAAAACAGGGCAGAAGAACUCGUAGCUCGAUGGAAAGGGAGAAAGAAGAGAGACGCAAAGAUAAGGAAACACAAAUGAAACAGCGAAUGGAUGACCAACUUGAACAAGCUCGGGAGCAGGAGAGACGGAAGGUCGCUGAACAAAAAGUCCAACAGCAAACACUUCACCCGACUCGACAUGAGCAACCAAACUGUCCGAGUCCAAAGCGUCACUUUGAUGAACAUGCGUUUCAAGAGCCCGGAGAGCCUCAGCCCACAGGCGGCAGACCUGCCAGACCAAUUCGCCCGGGACGAGAGCCUCCUAAAACAAAGCCAGCACCAGUGUCUAUUCGUGUGGGGACCUUGUCCCAGCGGAUGCCGAAUGGCUCGUCUCAAGUUCCACAAGACUCAUUGACUGCCGAGCCCAAGAGACCUGGGUUAACGAAGAAGGCAAGUACCGCAUCUCUACAAUCAUCCACAUCUACAACUUUAAAGUCAUCCAUACACGGCCAACCGCCAAAGCCACGAGCUCUCCUCGCUGCUGAGCGCAAGAAGGAGCAGGAUGAACGCGAAGCCCAGAGAAAACUCGAGCAGAAGCGAGAGAUAGAACGGAAACGAGCGGCUCAGCAAGAAGAGGCCCGUAAACAAGAACAGAAGCAACGUGCCGAGGCAGAGAAACGGGAGCGAGAGCGCGUUAUGGCCGAGCAAGCCAAGAGACAGGCGCAACAGCAAGCCAUCGAGCGUAAACGUCAAGAGGCUGCCCGGAAGGCAGAGCAACAGCGCUUGGAACGCGCCGCGAACGAGGCUGCUCAGUCGAGACCUCCUUCGCGACUGGCUGGUCAAAAUCCCACGCGUUCCCUGAUCAACCACCCUCUCCCUACCAACCCCGCUAAGCCAGCAAAGCGACCGCUGGAAGAAGAGGCUAGUCGGCCUCAGACGUCGAAGUAUGGCCCAUCUGGACUGACCCAGGGCGAUUCGAAGCGAAGAAAGACCGAGGAAGAAGAUGCGAUAGAGCCAAUGUCACGGCCUGUCGUGUCUGGUGCUCCAAUUCGACAGUCCCAGCUCGGCAAGAAGCCGUCCAUUUUCAAUCACAGUGCUUAUACGCAAGCACAACCAUCGGGCCAUCUGAACCAGUUUCCUCAGCCUCCGUCUCGAGCAGCUCCGCCCCAGAUGCAGCAAUAUGCGACAGGUGGUAGGAUUCCAUUUGCAGAUGCUGCCCCCCCAGCCCCUGCGAAGACACCGAUCUCGAUGAUGCAGCAGAAGACGAUCCAAACAGUCAAGUCCUCGCCUCAGUAUCCUAACGGAGAGGCUAUCCACCUGCCUGAGAUCCCAACUGAUUCAGAGGACGAGGAUUCAGAGGACGAAGGAAACGCCUUCCCAAUACCCGACUGGGCCACACCUGGACAUCUCACGGAGCAGCUGAUGCGCCAAGAAGGCAUGGACGGUGAUGCCGUAUUUGGACCUAUAGCGCCGCUGAAGAUGGAAGAGAUUUUCGCCAAGGGCAACAAAGAUCGGCUGAAGAGACUACGAGACCGCACAAGCAGCGCCAACUGGACACUGAGCGGUGAUGGUUUGACGCUGGAGGAGGUGAGAGCAGAUCGAGAACAGCGAGAACGCAUGAGGCUCGAGGGCGGAUGGAAAUUCGGCCGUUAA